ACUACAGCGCGUUGGAUCCUGGACAGAGGCGGCUUGCAUUGACAGCGGUUGUUACUGUGCGAAGUACGGCGGCAUAAAUAUCGUCGGUCUGUUUUUUAAGGGUUUAGGGUUUUCAAAAGUUGACAUCUGCAAGUAUGCAGUCCGAAUCGGGAAUAGUUCCCGACUUCGAGGUUGGAGAGGAGUUUCAAGAGGAACCUAAAACGUAUUACGAAUUGAAGAGUCAACCCUUGAAAAACAGCAUCCCGUCAGACCAGCAUAGCUCCUCCAAGCCCCCGCUGAGCUCCUCGGCCAUGACAUCACGCAUCCUGCUGCGGCAACAGCUGAUGCGGGAGCAGCUUCAGGAGCAGGAGCGGCGGGAGCAGCAGAGGCAACAGGCCUCCCACUACCCACAAACCACGGCAGCACAGACCCCUGCCAUCAAUGUCAGUGUCCCAGCCAGUUUACCGCCUGCUUCCCAGGUGCCAAUGGAGGUGCUCAAGGUCCAGACUCACCUGGAGAACCCAACCAAAUACCACAUUCAACGCUCCCAGCAGCAGCAGGUGAAGCGGUACCUGGGAAAGCUUGGCUCUCAGGUGUUGAGCUUACCCUGCCACAACCAGUCCUCUGACCACGGGGGCAUGCCGCCAGGGCCGGGCAACAGCGCUCCCAACAGCCCUAUGGCCUUACUGACCCUGAACACUAACUGCGAGAAAGAGAUGGAUGAUGUAAUUGAUGACAUUAUUAGUCUGGAGUCCAGUUACAGUGAUGACAUCCUCAACCUGAUGGACCCAGGACUUCAGAUGGCUAACACGAUUCCUGUGCCUGCUAAUCUCAUGGACAUGUAUAGUAAUCAGGGUAUGUCCCAGCAAGGUCUGACGAUCAGCAACUCCUGCCCUGCCAACCUGCCCAACAUCAAAAGGGAAUACUCCGUUUCACAAUCCCCAGCCAUCAUGCACAUGCUGGACAAGUCUGGAUCCUGUGGCAAAUUUGACAACUAUCAAAGGCCUGAAGGGUUCCCUGUGGAAGCUGAGGUAAGAGCUAUGGCAAAGGAAAGACAGAAGAAGGAUAACCAUAAUUUGAUUGAGAGAAGGCGGCGGUUCAACAUCAAUGAUCGAAUCAAGGAAUUGGGAACUUUAAUUCCAAAAUCAAAUGACCCGGACAUGCGCUGGAACAAAGGCACCAUCCUAAAGGCAUCAGUCGACUACAUCAGGAAGCUACAGCGGGAACAGCUGAGAGCCAAGGAGAUGGAGAGUCGCCAGAAGAAGCUUGAGCAUGCCAAUCGCCAUCUGAUGUUGAGGAUACAGGAGUUAGAGAUGCAGGCGCGGGCUCACGGUCUGGCCAUCACAUCUUCAGCACUCUGCUCUGCUGAACUUGGAGCCCGGGCCAUUAAGCAGGAGACCGCUCUGGAGGACUGUCACCAGGACCUGUACACACUCCACCCCCAUCACCAACACCACCCUGGCUGCACUCCUGAACCACCCGGCACCCUGGAGCUAAACGAAGGCCUUUCUAACUUCCCCGAGGGCCACUACAACGUUCACAGCAAGCCGGGCUCCAAACUCAAUGACAUCCUCAUGGAAGACACCUUAUCACCGGUGAGAGGGGGGGACCCUUUGCUCUCGUCCGUCUCCCCAGAUGCCUCAAAGGACAGCAGUCGUAAGAGCAGUGUAAGCAUGGAUGAGAAUGAGCAGUGCUGUUAGCACCCCCUACUAGAAGACACCUCUACUGCAUCUCCAACCCCUCCAUCCUGCUGCAAGUGUUCCUCUCAGUAGCUAAUACUCCAAAGCUGCUGGAGAGGCUUUGUCUUGUUCGUGUCAUUUGUUUUUUGUUGUGUUUUUUGUUCUCCCCCACCCGUGUUUACAUGUAUUGAAUAUUUUCCAUUCAUGUUUUUUUUUUGUUAGUUAUUUUUGUGAUAUUUUUUGUCUUUUCAAGCCCCCAACCUUGAUUUGAAGGACUGAUUAUAAAGUAUGUUUGCUUUAAUCAAUAUUUUGAUGACAAUGAGUUACAAAAAUAGUUUUUAUAUUUAAAAAAAAAAACAUGCAUUUAUCUUUGGAUAGAGGCUAGAUUAUGCUAUAUUUCUAUUGAUUCCAAAGAAUCUAGGGAAGUUAUAAAUCAUGCUCAGAAAUGUAGAUAUUUUUUGGUGAGUUGAACACUGCUUUUUAAAUCACUAGCAAUAAUCUAUUUAUUACUAUAGUGCUUUACACUCUUUGUGUCUAAGAGUGCUUUCACACCUGUAGUUCGGUUCAUUUGGUCCAGACCAAGUGAAAAAAUGAUACACUGUUGCAUUUUAGUUCUGGUCCAGUUCAUGUUCACUCUGCAGGUUUACAAAUGAACCAGAGAAGUAACCAUGACGUUACACAGACGUACAGGUAACUUGUUGAUUGGACAGCUUUGGCGAUUGUCAUCCUGCAUCAUCAGGACCCACGUGGGGAAAUCAAACUCCGGUGACUAACAGAAGUUUGUGCAGCACUCUGAUCUGUAUCGCAAAGAGCUCACGAAGUGCUAAUUUAAUAUAAGCGUGAUUAGUAAUGCUAGACAGCAGAUCGACCGCAUAGCCUAUUAUGAAUAAUAACGUAAAAACAGCGCACUUCCAGUAAUAAUUCGGGGCUUAUUCGCCUAUAGUAUACUGUGGUAUCAUUGUCACACAUGUUUUAUGGACUUAAUGAACUGACAGGGUAAAUGGAGUACUACUUGCCGUCUUUUUUAAACAGAUUUUAACCUGUUAAUCAGGGAAAUACCUGCGCUGACAAGUACGCUAUACCUUAUAAAAUUAUUUUCAUAAACAUAGUGGCUUAUACAGAUCAAUUAUAAGAUCGCUGAACACAUGUCGCUGUCAGCAGAUGGAUUUAUUAGUGGUUUAGCUUUGGAAAUAAUGCUCAGAUCACAUCUCUGCUAUCAUAAAAUCCUGUGUUUGGUUAGUUUGCUUUCACACCACAAGCGAACUGCACCAGAGUUUGUUUGAAAGCGUACUGAGACCUCCUUGAAGAGAUGAUCUCGGAACGCUUGUUUGGCCCGCUUUCGGUGCGCAUCUGAGUGCGAUUACUGCAUUCACACCUGCCCAAUCGAACCGCACCAAGGGGGAAAACGAACUCUAGUGCGAUUCAACCGAACUAAACGAGGCAGGUGUGAAAGCACCCUUAGAUUGAACUUGAAUGUGUCAAUGCCUUAUUAAGAUGUGUAUACAUCGAUGUUGUAUUGCUAUGCACAUGUUUUGGCUGUUAGUUGAGUCUCUGUCGGUCUUCCAGUAGAAUUUUCUUCCUUGACAAAUAUUAAUCAUUAGUAGUUUUGAUCUUAUUUAUGCAUCUAUGUAAACAUGACUUUAUGUACACAUUCCCCUCAACAAAUUAAUUUAUUACAAGGCAUUUAAGAACCUUUUUAAAUAACUGAGAUAAUUAUAAACAAAAGAACAUUAAAAAAGAAUCUGAAAUGUCCUCCAUCAAGUUAAUUAAAAAAAAUCAACACUGAUAAUGAAUCAUUUUUAGACUUUUAUUCAGUGUCACAACCCGUAGAAAGAAAGGUUUCCCAACCAUGGAUUCAUCCUUUGACUAUCCAGUGGUGACUACUUAGCUAUGUGUAACAGAUAUAUAUUACGCACAUACAUUCCUCACUGCCAAAACCACUGAAGUACUCAAAUUCAAGAAUUAAAUAAAAUAUUUUUUUAAUAACACAGUCUCAACGUUAGUAGACUCUUAGCCAAAAAUGUAAUUUAAAAAACACCUGUUGUAGUCCUGACACAUGCACAAAAAGCUGAUUUCACUUGAUAGAUCUGAUUUGUACUUAAUUCUAUUCAUCUUUUAUAGGUGAUUAAUGCAAGAAAGAUGAAUCAAUUCAUUGUUUAUAGUAUUCUUGUCUGUAGUGAUCAGAGUUCACGCAGUGUAAUACUUCAGACGUGUUGAUGCAAGUGCUCAGUUUUUAUACUUGUUCAUCGAGUUCCUAAAUUAUUGUUUUUUACACCAGUGUGGAGACAUUUCACAUUCAAUAUGUUUUUUUUUCCAUUGUGUGAACAUUUAUAUUGCCAAGGAGUAUAAGGAGACUGCUUUAGGAUUUUGUAUGAAAUGCAUGACAUUGUCAAAACACUGGAAUGACCUCUGUAAAUUGAAACAUGGUUUGUUCGCUUUUUUAUCAAAGCAUAAAUUAACUACUGUCUUUGGCUUUCCAAAUGCAUACACACUAUUGUAUGAGAUUAUAGAUUCUUUAUGGUGUACAAUUGUUGUAUAUUUCAGCAGUUAGUUUUCAGAAGUUGUAGCACAUUGAAUAAGUAUACCUUUGUUAAAGGUGGGGAAUGUGAUUCUGGAGAAAUCCAAUACCACCACCACCACCAACACCAACACCAACACCAACACCAACACCAACACCAACAACAACACAGCAAGUGAUGUAUCUAACUUUAGCUAAGUUGUGGGUUAGCAAACUAUUGUUACAGUUGCUGCUGUGGAGCUAACACGCAUAGAGGUAUAGAUGGUCCCAGAGCCAGCAAACUAGCUCCAGACAGUGAUACUCCCAACUUUCCUGCUACUAUCGCUAACAUCACAACAACAGCAUGUCUUGGCAAAGUAGAAAGUAAGCUGAAUGUCAGUGGGCAAGUCAUUUAACGUUACCUGACACACACAUCAUGGCUGGGAUAGUGUUGUAUGGCUCAUCCCGAGCCACUUUGCAAAAAGACACGUAUUGGAUUAGAAUCACAUACACCACCUUUAGUAACUACCUGCCAUACAUUGAGAGCCCUGUUACAGCACAGUCUCCAUUUUGUUAAACUAUGCAGUGGUCGAAUUUGUGCCUGCAGAGCAGCAUCAUGUCUUGACAAUGUGAUCUCCUUAUGAAUUAGUCUAAAACAGUAUCAAUUUUAAUUGAUUUAAGUGCCUUACUGUCGUUUGUGUUAACCUGGUGAUGUAAGAGGAGUUGUAGACAGUGAUGCAAUAUUUUGUUAAUGUUUAUACUGGUGUUUGGUGCUUAAUGGAUUAACUGAAGAUUGCCAAGGUACAUUAGAAAGCAGUAGGAAUGGGCCUUUUUUCAGUAGAUGAUAGCACUAUAAGAAUCGCAGACUCAAGAACCACAAGAAAGGUUUUUUUAUUGUGGUAACCCAAGGUGUUUUAUUAAAUAAAUAAAUAAGAUAUGAAAUAAUCAUAAAAGUAAAUAGAGUGAAAUACAUUCUGAAAUAAUUUUAUUUAAAAUGUUUUCACCACCAACUCGUUAAUUCAGAGUUAUCUUGUCAAUGUUGUGUUUCUAAGGCUGUUCCUUAGAGAAAGACACGUAACUCUCUCAAGACAAAGAGCAUAACUGUUUAGUUUUUGUAGCCAACAGGAGCUAGCUAGCUGGCAGUUGUUGAGCCUGCAGAGAUGGUUGAAGCAUGUGAUUGGCUUGAAUUUUGAACAUUUUGAAAUAAAAUUGACAUUGGGAAAAGUGCAGUGCUAUGAAAAUAAGAAUGAUCAAACAACAUUUCAUAGUAAUGUGUUGAGUUUUAAUCAUUUAUAAAAUUAUUUCACCAGCAAAUUUGGCUUUAGGGUUAGCCCCUGACUUUUUAUCUAGCACCACCAGCAGUUUAGUGAAAUGUCUUAACUUGAUAACUAUUGGAUGGAUUGACAUGACGUUUGGUUAAGACACUUAACUUGAAUCAGGUCAUAAUUUCGACUUUGAUUUAUGACUAGAUACCUGCAAAACCAGUAUCAUUCACAUCAGCCUCAACUGUACUUUCUGUUUAGUGUUAAUCAGCAAAUGUUAGCAUGCGAACACACACACAUUGGUCUGCUUAGCAUGAACUUGUUAACAUUGGAACAAUGUUAGCAUGUUUCACUUGUUUAUUCAAAUUAUUAUUUAUUUCAUGUCUUAUAUUUAUUUAAUAUUGAACACUUUGGGAUGGCAGUGGUUUAUCUUUAUUAAGAUAAAAUUCUACACUGAAGGCAGUGUUUUCAAAGUUGUGCUAUUCAUGUUACUAUGUUUAUCGUUCAGCAUCCUUUUGAGACUACAAGAAUGUAGCUCAAAGUGAUGCCAAAAUGUGUUGCCAAAAUUAAAUAUACAAUAUAUAAAGAUAGCAAUUUUCAACAGCUUAGCUGAUGCAUCUCUGUUAGCGGUGUUUUUUCUGUAUAGUUACAAGCAAUAUCUAAAACAUUUUGGCAGUUGGGACAUAACUACAAACAGGUGAAAUACAUUGUGAAAGUUCAUUUCUGUCCUAGGAAAGAGGAAUUUGAAAAUUAACUCAAGAUCUACUUACUGUAAUAAUACCUUUUCCAGAGCUUUCAGCUGCAUCUCACAGUCUUCAUUAUCAGAUGGAAAUAGCACAGCUGUCAUAAUGUGACAGUGAAGUAGUAUAGAACUUCUGUCAUUAGACCAUAAGAUGUGGUUGAAAGUGUGGAACAAGCUAGUAAGUACCUUCGGUUGAGAUUUUUUGUCAUAGGGGAUUUACACCUUCAGUGGACUGCAGAAUGUCCCUUAUGGUGACACCAGUCCCACAUACUGAGCCUUUAAAGUGCAAUACACACAGGCCUGUAACGUUGCCCUUUGACUGAACCCAGAUCAGCUUCUUUUUUUUUUUUUUUUUUUUUUUUUUUUUUAAAUAGAAUAGAUAAAUCAUCUAAAACCUGAAAUGUGAGUGGGUGGUGGUGGCACUUAAUUUAAAGCCAUUACUAUGACUGAUUUCUCAUAAUGACUCUUCUAGCUGUUAAUCAUUAUGGCACAUUAUGGGUAAACCACUAAAGAAGAACCAUCUCAUCUGCUCAUUCUCCCUCCUGUGGUUCAUUCAGACAACGUUCUCUGCUGAUGUUGAUACUGUUCUUAUUGUUACAGUUAUAUGAGAUGAAUGUAGCAAUAGUUACUGUACACACUGGUUUCAGAUUUGUGAACCCAAACUCAUCAGUACUCAAUGUGGAAACUAUCAUGUGAGAAAUAUUAAAAGUUUUAUUUGAA